AUGGAAACAACCAUGUUAUUUAAAGAAGAAACCACACUUGUUAUCGACCAAAUCGACGAAGAAUCCAUUUCUACUGACGAUUACUUGAGAAAAGAAAUUGAAGUGGAUCAAGAUCAUGAUAUUAAUUAUAGAAGUUGCUCAUGGUAUAAAACCGCUGGAUUGUUACUUUGUGAAUAUAUUUGUCUAGCAACAUUAUCAUUUCCAUGGAGUUAUUCUGUAUUAGGAUUAGGACUUGGAUUAAUUGUUACUGUGAUCGUCUCAUUAAUAUGUUUUUAUACUGGAUUGAUCAUUUCUGAUUACUGUGCUGCAUAUCCUCAUUUGUCUGAUAUUUGUGAUAUCGGCAGACAUUUAGUUGGUCCGAAAUGGGUUUGGCAUUUAACAGCGGUUUCAUUUUUAAUUUUCAACCUUUUAAUUCAAGCUUUACAUGUACUUGUUGGAGAAAAAUAUCUUAAUACAAUAAGUGAUAAUAAAACAUUAUGUUCAGUUGUAUUUGGUGUUGUUUCAGCUAUUGCAUGUUUUAUAUUUUCAUUGCCUAGAACAUUUAGUCACAUGUCAGGAGUUGCUUAUUUUGCUUCGGGAACAAUGUUGAUCGCCAUGAUAUUAGCGAUGAUUUUUGCUGGAAUUCAAGAGCAUCCUUAUAGAUACGAUGAAAAAACUCCAGUAACUUGGAAUGUAUGGCCUGCUGAAGGUGAAAGUUAUGUUAAUAUCAUGUCAGCUAUUUUAAAUAUUGUUUUCACAUUUGCUGGUCAAAUUACUUAUCCAUCAUUUAUUUCACAAAUGAAACGACCAAGAGAUUUCAAGAAAGCUUUAAUAGUAGUAACAAUUUUAGAAUUAAUAACUUAUGCACUUGUCGGUUCAAUCAUUUAUGUUUACGUUGGUGAUGCUUAUAUUACAGCACCGGCAUUUGGUUCAUUGACAGGGAAGUAUAAGAAAAUUGCAUAUAGUUUUGCUGUGCCUACUAUUGUAUUUCUUGGUUCUUUAUUUGGUAACAUUUCCUCACAAUUUGUAUUUCAACAUGUUUUCAACAAAGAAAGUGUUCAUAGAAAUAGUCAUACAAUCACUGGAUGGUCCGUAUGGGUUGGUUUAAAUGUAGUAUUAUGGGUUCUUGCAUUUGUGGUUGCUGAGGUUAUUCCAUUUUUCAGUGAUUUGUUAGGUUUAAUGUCAUCUUUGUUUUGCUGUUUCUUUGGGUUUAUAUUUUGGGCAUUGGCUUAUUUUAAGUUGAAGAAGUUAUACUACUUUAAGAAAACAGGAGAAGAGACUUCAUUGUACCAAUUGUUUAAAGAUGGAAACUUGGUUACCAAGACAGAGUUUAUUUUGAAUGCUUUUAUAUUUUCUUUGGGAUGGUAUAUUCUUGGUCCAGGAUUGUAUGCAACUGUGCAAAGUAUCAUUUGGUCAUAUCAGAAGAAUUUAUAUGGAAGACCGUUCAGUUGUGUAUCGAAUGCUAUAUAG